AGUCCUGUGUAAAAUAUAAUAGAGAAAAUUAAUUCUGCUUUUUUUGCUGUCGCUACCUAAUCCUUAUUGCGGAUUCCGCGAAUCUCUGUGUAGCUUUAUAAAAGACCGUAUAUGGAUAAAAUUUUUCGCAUUCAAGUACCGUGAUCCGUGUGUUGUGUCUGUCUGUCUAUCCGUCUAUAUAUAUAGAAAAUAUAACACUAUUUUAAUAAAACUUUAAUUUAUAAAAAUGGCGACCGUUCUACUGAGGUGUUUGUUUAUAUGUCUGUAUGCUUUAUACGUCAGUGCUGAUGAAAUCGAAUUGGAAGCGACCAGUGGGGUAGUUUUGAAAAUGCUCAGGGAAAUGGUGAACGAAACAAAAGCAGACUCGCUAAACCUACCAGCAAACGCCUCAUCUAUUCGAGAAAAUAUCACGGACACAUUUAGUUGCGAAAACCGAGUCUAUGGCUACUACGCGGACGUUGACAAUGACUGUCAAAUAUUCCACGUCUGCCUUCCGUCGCAGACUCCAACUGGUAGAAACGUCACAUACAGGUGGAGCUUCAUUUGCCCCAGUGAGACAGUUUUCAAUCAGGAAGUACUUGUGUGCACAAGAGCCCGUGAUUCCAUUCCUUGUGAAGAUUCACCAUCAUACUACGAUCUGAACAUGGAGAUCGGUAAAAUAGCCGAAGAUAAAAAGGAACAGCCGGAGACGGACAAUAAAAUGGAAAACAACGAACAAACAGACAAAGUCGAUCAACCGUCAAACCAAGAACCUGAACCUCCCAAAGACGCUGAAACUGUGACCGUAAAGAACCAAAAGCGUUUCCCAAGUCGCAAGAAGCAGAACAUGGUUGAGAAACUAGUACAGGAAGCAGUAGAAGAAAUGAAUUUAAUGGAAGCGGGUGUCGAAGUUAUUGAGCCAGAAGAAGAGAGAGUAGAGAUUCAAAAACCUGAAGCCACUGAAGAAGUUGAUGAAUCUAAAUCAGAAGAUUCUAGACUAGGUGCAGAGAGGAGCCUUAGAACUGGAAGACACGGUUGGAGGGGGUCCUAUCGAUACAACAGUCAAUAGAGAUAGCUUAGAGUUUAGCAGCCGGACAAAUUUGUAAAUAUU